UUACGCGGGAGCUAUCGCCGUUGCUCCUGCGCUUUGGCGGGUUUUGGAUGUAGCGCCUCGCCUUUACCGGAACAGAAAAUAGGCGGUCCAAAGGCAGGACUUAGAGCUUCGGCGUCAGUACCUAAGACAGUCAAGGCACGGCACGGCACGGCACGGCACAGCACAGAACUAAACAAGAAGCCGAUAAAACAAUUAGAUACUUCCAAUGGCGGGUUUCACAAUAUUCGUCUUUGGGUUCUUCUUCCUCUUUGCCGACUCUUCACAUUGUUAUCUCUGCAAUUAUUUGGGCCAUUGCUUUCUCUUCCAUUCUCCUUACGUUCACAAUGGCCACUCCCAAACCGAAUCCACCACGUCUUCAGGAGCCGUUUAUCGGUAACAAAGAUAAUCCACAUUUUGAUUCUCCGUUAGAGGGCCAUGGCUUUACUUCCAGCAUCGGUUCCCCAGAAAGUAUCAUCAGCCAGAACGCUUUUCAGUCUCCAUCAGAUUACAGUGACGUCAAUAUUAGAAAUAUAAAUCCAGUUUCAAAACCUAUCAACAUUGACACCGAACACCAAAUGGAUGAUUCAGGCUUGGAUAUUAUUUUUGAACCCUUUGAGAGAUCAUCAUCUGGAAGGUGGUUAAAGGGUGGCAGAAAAUUACCAUUUGCUUUCCCAACUAUUUUGUCAAAUUUGAACCCUGAUUCGGAAGAUCUUAAUAAUAGAACAAACAAAUGUGAGCCUGUGACCUUUCAAGAAUAUCAAACUCCGGACAACCCAGCAAGGACCACGAUUGAAAAGUCUUUCAGUGUGAAGAAAAGAAAAGAUGAUUUCUCUGGCAUCUCACUUCCUCAGUCAGCAGCUUCAUUUUACAAUGGGUGGUCACCACUAAUGGAAGUUUCUGAAUCAUGUGAAAGCAUUGAAAAGCUAAAUUUCUAUCUGAAAUCCAAAAGGGAUGAUGUCAAUGCAGGAGUCCCUGGAAGAUUUCUGCAUGUAGUGAUAGGAAAAGAUGUUUCAGAUGUUGGGUUAGUUGCUUCUACCAUCACGUACGCUUUCUACUUGAAUGAGACACACAAAUAUGAUGAGUAUUGCACUGUACCUGUUAUCAACAUGAAGAGAGCGGAUCUAAACUCUCAUCCUGAACUUAAAUGGCUGCUUGGCUCCUGUCAGAUUAAUACGUUGUCUUUGAUUUUUAUAGAUGAGAUUGACCUAUCAUAUUAUGAGUUAUUUGGAAGUCUUAAAGUAGUUCUACUAAACAGCUCCAGACUUCCUGCUAAACAAGAGCAUGCAUUAAAAGAGGCGGUUGUUGAAAUCUUUAACUGCAAUAAGGAUGAAUCUGAAUAUCCUUGGGUUGAGAAUAUUACAAUGCAACAGGACUGCUCAUGCUGUACUCUCAUUGCCGACAAGUUUGCUCAAUUUUCACCUGAGAUUUUGGCUGGGAAGGGAUUCAGUAGACUUUUGCUUGCUGGAAUUCUAUUAGAUUCAGGAAACCUUACAAGCCCGCGUUGUACCUCCAAAGAUAAAUACAUGGCUACAUUGUUGAUCAGCGGUGCUGGUCGGUUUGGAUGCAAUGGCUUUUAUCAGAUAUUGAAAUACAAGAUGUACAAUGUGUCCAACCUUGGGGUAAUUGAUAUACUGCUCAAGGAUUUCAAGAAGUGGACGAAAGGAACUUUGGACGAUUCUGGCAAGAGAUUUAGGAGGCAAGAUCUUGGGAUGAGUUCCAUUGGAAUAUCAAUUGCUCAAUUUCUUUCUCAGGAAGUUAACUCAACUCAAGACAUAAAAAACAUUCUGAGUGUAGAGAAACUUCGGCUGCUUGUGGUUGUUUCUGGAUACUAUGAUGCGCGGAAAAACUUCAAGAGAGAGAUCCUAGUUGUUGCUGAUUCUUUGGAGCUUAUGCAGAAGCUGACUGUCUUUUUAAAUACUGAAACCUCCCAAUCACAACUACCCCUGAAAGUUCUUCAUCAAACAGGUCUCACAGAUGAAAUUAGAGCAUUUGAGAUAAAUAAGAUUGCAUCAAGGAGGACUAUCGAACGCCUACUGGAAGAAUUUUGUCAGAUAUGCUAAUCUGAAUGGCUCAAAUGCACAGAACUACGUAUUUAUCGACUUCCUUUUUAACAGAACUACGUAUUUAUCGAUUUCCUUUUUAAGUGUAAUUUAAUAACAUUGUGCCUUCUGCUUAUUUUAUACAGUUGAGCUAAUUCAUAGACA